AUGCCUCCCAUGCUUGAGCCACUUGCUAAGCGUGCACGUAUUGAGGCGGAGUCUGAUGAUAGCAGGGAGCUACCUAGUGUUGACACAGGCGCGCAACAAGCGGCACGGGCCUCAUCGAAGGGGGCCAUUGGACCGACUGGCGCAACUGCACGGCGUCGCCCACGGCGUCGCCCCAGUGCUUCUAAGAGUGAAGCUGGGCGGGAGAGUGGGUAUGAACUUCAAGCGGCUGCUGGGCUGCGCACAUUAUGGGCAAAAGCUUCCUCUGUAACUAAACUAACAGGUGCAGGUUCAGUGUGUUGUUCAAAGAGUGGCAAAAGCUUAGCUGUGCCGCUGAGUGCUCGUGAAAUUCAAGCACUUGCUGCGUUGCAUCAAUUGGGAGAAUUGACUGGCUCCGAGGGCGCCAUUGGUGAAGAACAUGAUAAGCAGGUGGAGGAUGAGGCUCAGCCUUCAACGAGUGCUGCUGCAGGCAAUGGCGAAAAGCACUGGCUACCGCAUCCGCGUUUCGCACGCAAGGCGAAUUUAGGUGUUGAUAUAUUUACAACUGCUUAUAAGGAAACACGCUUCCACCCAUUUUGCCGUUUGCCACUUGUGGACAGUAACGGAAUCACGAGGGAGUUUAUGCCGGAGAUAGCCGUUGGCUCGUCGGCAACAGUUAGACCCCUGCCGCUUUUGUCGAAAGCUUUCGAGCUGUUCGCCAAGGCAUUCCUGCCGGCUGAAGAACUGGAUGUGGUGUCAUAUAUUACAGAGCGGCUAAUCGCCCACGCAGUAGAAUGCCAAACGCGUGAUCUGAGAGGUCUCCCGUUACAUCGGGCUGUCGAAAUACUAGGCGUUCGUUUUCUUAUAUUUGAUGUUAUUGUGUCGGCUUUAGAUUUGCUGGGUCAUCGACCAGAAGGGUCAUGGUGGGAAAAGCUUUCCAGCUCCGUACCUCACCUUUAUGAUGAGGUGCCCGGAAGUAUUCGUUUAGCUGCAAAGACCAAGGUGCAAAACCUUUUCCGUCAACAACUCAGCGCGGCUUUGAAGUAUUUGAAAUCGGGAACACGCCCCUCGUGUGCAGCGCUGAUCAACCUUAAGCAGUUCUUGACUUGUUCGCCCUAUGCUCCUCCCUUCUUCAAACAUAGAUCGUUUGAUCCAUGGAGGAAGGCCAACGACAGUUUCGCUGUUGCUCGGAAAUCUGCCACCAGCUGA